AUGCUUGGGUGCACGAACAGGCCAGACAACUUUCUCUCCUUAAUUCGUUCAAUGUCAGUGCUUAACUUCUUAUUUCUUCUCCUUUCUUGUGUACAAGUACUUUCGUGUAACAAACUUGAUCGUGAUUCUCUUUUGUCAUUCCAUAAACACAUUUCAUCCCCUCCAUCAGACAUUCCUCUCAACUGGUCAUCCACCAACUGCUGUAUAUGGGAAGGUAUCACCUGCAAUAGCAAGUCUCGGGUCACCCAUUUAUCGUUAUCGGGUAAGGGAUUUUCUGGGACUAUCACUCCAUUUCUUGGGAACCUUACAUCCCUUUCUUACCUUAAUCUGUCACAUAACCAAUUUUCUGGUCCUCUCCCUUUUGCACUUUUUCAUACCUUGAGUAAUUUGGAAUCACUUGAUUUGAGUUAUAAUCUUCUGUAUGCGUCACAAAACCACGGCUUGCCUGUUUCAAUCCAAACCGUAGAUCUAUCAAGCAAUCGGUUUAAUGGGUCGAUUAAUUCUUCAUUUUUCCAUGGUGCAUCGAGUUUGAUUAGUUUCAAUGUCAGCAACAACAGUUUUAGUGGUCCACUCCCGUCCUCUAUUUGCAUCACCUCCAGUUUUGUGAAGAUACUGGAUUUCUCCAUGAACAAAUUCAGUGGCAAUAUAUCACAAGGCAUUGGAAGAUGUUCUAAGCUGGAAGUUUUCAGGGCAGGUCUGAACUCUCUUUCAGGAUGGCUUCCAUAUGAUAUUUACAGUGUGAAAACACUCAGUGAAAUCUCUUUACCUGAAAACUACUUCUCAGGACCUGUCAACAAUAGCAUUGUUCUACUCUCAAAUCUUAGCAUUAUAGAUCUCCAUGGGAAUGAAUUGACAGGUGAGGUUCCUACAGAUAUUGGAUUGCUUUCAAAUUUGAAACAACUGAUACUUCACACCAACAGCCUAAAUGGUUCUGUGCCUCCAUCAUUGAUGAAUUGCACCAGCCUGAAAACGCUGCUUCUGCGAAAUAAUCAUCUAGGAGGAAAAAUUUCAAGUCUUGAUUUCUCCAAGCUCAAGGAAUUGGAAACAAUUGAUUUUGGGAACAAUAGCUUUGUGGGUAAUAUUCCAGUUCGCCUAUGCUUUUGUAAAUCCCUGAGUGCAGUCCGACUUGCAUAUAACCAUUUGGAGGGUGAAAUUCCAUCUUGCGUAGCUGUGCUAAAAUCUUUAUCCCAUCUCUCACUUGCCAACAAUAAUCUUUCUGAUGUUGUCGGAGCUUUAAAGAUUUUGGCGAACUGUCACAAUCUUUCAGUUCUAUUCCUGACAAAUUGUUUCAGAGAUGAACCGGUGCGCGAUAAUUACAGCUUAUUGCAUUUAACUGGGUUUCAAAAUCUCCAAAUUCUGAGUCUGAGUGGAUGCCAACUCAAAUGUGAAGUGCCUAGUUGGAUUGGAAAAUUAAAGAAACUUAGAGGGUUGGACCUGUCAUACAAUCAAAUGACGGGCACGAUUCCAAAAUGGUUGGGGAGUAUGCCGCGCCUGUUCGCCCUAGACCUCACCGGAAACCACCUUUCGGGCGAGCUCCCUCCAGAAAUUGGCAGCCUAAAAGCUCUUAUUGCAGCCAAUGCAGACUCAAACUUGUAUUAUUUGGCUUUGCCUUUCUUAUACGGCAUCCUCGAGUACGAUCGACUAUUCUACUUGCCACGGGGAAUCAAAGUUGGGAAUAACAUUCUAAGUGGGAAUAUUCCGGCCGAGUUAGGCCAACUUACACGUCUUCGUGUGCUGGAUCUCAGCGAUAACAACUUCAGUGGAUGCAUUCCAAGUGAAUUGUCCAAUCUAGUCAAUUUAGAGAAAAUGAACCUGUCAGCGAACAAUCUAUCAUGCGAGAUCCCAGAAUCACUAACAAGACUCAAUUUCAUGUCUUUCUUCAGCGUUAAAAACAACGAUUUACAAGGAGAAAUUCCAAAAGGAGGUCAGUUUGAUACAUUUCCAAACACUUCAUUUGAAGGGAAUCCUAAACUACUACGACGAAGUUUUGUCGGUAGUCGAGUUGAUAUAUUGCUGCUGGUAACUGCUGCGAAAGAGCCUGAAACUUUGUGGCACUCUCUGCCAUUCUGGUUGGGAUAUUUAGUAGGAUUUUUUUUGGUCGGUGUCAGUUUUUUGUUCAAUGGUUCAUGA